CUUCCUCAAGCAGUUAAGAGCAGAUAAAAUUCAAGGCUUUCUUUCCUACAAGGGACAUUAGCACACUGCUCUGUUUCAUGGGAUAAAACUGUUAACAAGUACAGUUAAAGUUAAAGGACAGCCUAGCUUUUUGCAGUCAUCACCACACAACCUGUUAACAGGACGUCAGACAUGCACUGUUACAUACUCUAUCCAUGUUAUAAAGGAAACUUGUUUUACUAGACUUGUAUUUUCAUGUAUAGUCGUUCACUCAACUCUUCAAUGCUUAACAAGAUUUUUAAAAAUCUUCAGUUUAUGAAAUAAAUGGAAAAGUUGCUAAAACCUCUGGCCUGCAAAAACUUGUGACCGGUAGUGAAUCCGGAAUUAAGGAGAAUACCGACUCUGCAGACCAGUACUCCGGGGCAUUACCUGCCAGAAACACACCUUACCCCUCUUAUUUUAGUUCCCCUAGCCCCUCUUAUUUUAGCUCCCCUGCCUAUUGUCUUCACAAAAGAGUAUCAAGAGGCCAGUGUGCCACAAACAGGUGCCCAAGGAUACAGCAAGGACCCCCAGACCCCUGUAGACUAGGCGUUGUUAUUCUGGUGUUUUCAUUUCACGGGACUGAGAGAACAAAGUGCCCUGAUAUUGCUGAUCCGUGCAGUUAGCCUAGAGUGAGACGGCUGAGGUUCCAACCCUCCCUGAAAAUGUACGGCCUUUACCUGGAAGCAGUGAAUGACUACAUCAAUGAGUCCUACGGGGAGGAUGUGUGGAGGCUGAUCGAGGCCCGCGCCGAGAUCCCCCACUUAAAGUUCGUACGCCACCAGAUGUACAAUGACAAUCUGAUCCUCCGUUUGGCAAAGGCAGCUGGAGAAGUUCUGGGCAAGACUCAUGACGAGUUGAUGUAUGCUUUUGGUGUCUACAUGGUGAAGAGGAUCGGCAAUUAUGGCUAUGAAAGGAUCUUGAAGGUACUGGGGCGCAAUGUGAGAGACUUCAUCAACGAGCUUGACAACCUGCACGAGUACUUUCGCUUCUCCUUCCCCAAGGUGCAGCCCCCUAGCUUCUGUGUGGAGGAAGAAUGCGAGACCAGCCUCACGCUGCACUACCGCAGCACUCGGAAGGGUUUCACGCAAUUUGUCAAAGGACAGCUGUCCCAAGUAGGGCGACAGUUUUACAACACAGAUAUCGAGGUAGAAAUUCUGUCCAAGGAGGAAACGGAGAAAAUGACCUAUGUGGUCUAUAAGAUGAACUUCGACAACGCCGCCUUCAAGCACCGCAUGCCCCAGCAGAAGACGGCCCCGGGUUACGAGAAGCUGCCCAUGAAGCGGGGCAUAUUCUUCGACAUGUUUCCCUUCAGCGUCAUUUUCCGGCGGGACAUGACCAUGUAUCGCAUCGGAGAUGGACUCAAGGAGGUCUUCUCCGACUUGCAAGGGAAGAAAGUGAACGAGGAAUUCACCCUCGUCCGGCCCAUGCUGGAAUUCGGCUGGGACAAUAUCUACACCCACUUGAACAACGUGUUUGAGCUGCUCUCCAAGGCUGUAGUGGAAAGCAAGCAGAAGGUCAGUAUCCCGAAGCUCAGUAAGGAGGAGCCAGAAGAAAAGGAGGAAAGUGAGAAACCUAAAAAGGAACAGAGAGACAUCAAGGCACUGGAGGAUAUGAAAGGGCCAGACCAGGGGUACAGCGGUGCUCUGAGCCCGUAUAACAGUGCCGCUAACUCAGGAGGGGAAGACAUCGAACUGCUUGCUUUCCAGACGGUAACAGGAAAGUGCAGUGAGACUAUUUUUGAGGACAUGCGGGAGCCUCCCAAAAAGCCUCUUCAUCUCAAGGGUCAGAUGAAGUACGUUCCACAGUGGGAUUCCCUCAUCUUUCUUGGAACGCCCAUUAUUGAAACGGUGGAGGACAUGAUUAAAAUGGGAGUGUAUGUCAAUGACCUGAACCUCCAUGACUCCAGCAGAGAGCUCAUUUUAGCCGGAACGCAGCAGUCCGCAGAGCUGCAGUUAGCUCUCGAUCAGGAGCAGCAGAAGUAUGCCCAGCUACAGGAGAUUAUUAAAAAGCUGGAUGAGGAGAAGAGGAGGGGAGACUCACUGCUGUAUGCUAUGAUCCCCAAGGCUGUGGCUGACCGCCUAAGGAAGGGGAUUACAGCGCUUGAGACCUGCCAGGUUUUCCCAGAUGUGACCAUUCUCUUCAGUGAUGUGGUGAAGUUCAACGAGAUCUGCAUCCACAUCACCCCCAUGCAGGUGGUGGACAUGCUGAAUGAGAUCUACAUUGUCUUUGACACACUCAGCGAGAAGCACAACGUUUACAAGGUGGAGACCAUAAGAGACGCAUACAUGGUGGUGGCAGGUGUCCCCAACAAGACCACUUUCCAUGCCCACCACAUCUGUGACAUGGCCUUAGACAUGCUGAGCUCCAUCGAUCAUCUCAAAGAUCCUUCAACUGGAGAUAAUAUUCAGAUCCGCGUGGGGAUCCACUCGGGCAUGGUGGUGGCCGGCGUGGUGGGACUGAAGAUGCCACGCUACUGCCUGUUUGGGGACACGGUUAACACCGCCUCCCGCAUGGAGAGCAAUGGGGUGGGAAUGCAGAUCCACAUCAGCCAGACCACCAAGGACCACCUGGAACAUGAACCAUAUAUCAUUGAAGAGAGGGGCAAGAUCUUUGUCAAGGGGAAAGGUUACAUGAAGACAUACUGGCUGAAGGGGAAGAAGGAUCUUUCGUUUAAGAGCCCGGCGGAGCUGCGCUACAGCAGCGAGCAGCGGGACUCUGAGGAGAGGACCUCUAACGGCUCUACUGGUACUAAUGCCCAGCUUUCCGCCUCCAACCCCAACAUACCCAGCGAACAGCGAGCAGAGGGGAAGCCCAGUCUCACUGACCUGCCAUCUGACACUCUGCCUCCCCUCGAGGGCACAGCGGGGUCUCCCGCCGUCUCCACCGGCCCCCAGGACAAGGAGAAGGCCAAAAAGACGAAGAACAGCAAAGGAGGGAAACCUGAGGCUGGGAACGCGCAGGAGAGCAUGACCCCUGCUGGUAACUCUGAGAAUGCAGGUCCAGAAAUUCAAAACAAGAAGCUCAGUUUUAGAAACCAGUACGCCCGGUUACCAUCCUCCGUCCCCAUGCGCAGCGCCACCUGUAGUGUGCUGUGAGAACUUCAGGAGUAUAAUCAGGGACUCUGUUAUACUCUUCUUCUGUUCACUUACAGGCCCAAUUGUACUUAUGGAGAAAUAGCAUCUAUCAUUAAUACAAAUACGUUAAAUAAAUAAAGCAAUAGCUACUUA